UGCACACAUAAACAACACAAACUUUUCCUUUUCAUCAAAUUUGCAACUAAAACCUUUCAAUAAGAUGUCCCAAAAAGAUCCUUGUCAAAAGCAGGCCUGUGCGAUACAGAAAUGUUUACAAGCCAACAAAUACAUCGAAAGUCGUUGUGAGGAUGUGAUCCGAGCCAUGAAGAAGUGUUGCGAAGCGCAUGCAGGAGAAAACUCUGUGUGCUGUUCUGGAUUUACCAAAGACAUCAAAUCUACAAAGACAACAAUAACAUAGCAUGCGUUGAUAUAUUGGGGUGAUCUGUGGAGUCUUUACCUCGUGCAUUUAAGCAGAUAUUUAAUAUUUAUCAAAGAUACGUUGUGAAUGUGGAUUCAUCAAUGUCAUUCUCUACUCAAUAAAAAAAUCAAAUAAAUCAGAAGCUGCUUUAGAUGUAAUCAUUUUAUUAUACCCGGUAAUGCAUUUUAGUGCGAAUGCUUCAUUGAAACAUACUGUACGCCAUAGUUCAUUGCCUUUGUAAAUUUAAUUAUUUCAUCAGCAUAUGACCAAACUUCAUUUUAUGAAGUGACAUUAAUCACCAAUGAGAAAACAGUUUACAAGUGCUCGUUAAGAUUAUAUAUACACCAGGGAUUUGUGAAGGAAGCCAAUGAAAACACAUAAUAAAUCAUUUUUAACACAAAAAAAUGUACCUUUGUUUUUUAAAUCAUGUCUCAAUUUAUUACAACAAUGUACUUAAAGACGGCAAA